AUGUGUUUCACUGACAGUGUAAGGGAUGAACGUGGCAAAGUUCGAUAUGGUAUUGCAACACUUAAAGGCAUAUGGAUAGUUGAUGGUUCUGUAACUCUUAGCCCUGAACAAGCAGCGAAGUUUCGAAUUCGGUUCUGGAUUUUCUUCAUGCAUUCAUGGGGAUAUUGGUGUUCAUGGCCGUUGCUUUGUUGGAUCAAAAUGUUGUCAAAUGAUUUAAUUGCUGGAGGUACAGAGAGCUCAACGGUAACAAUAGAGUGGGCAAUUUCAGAACUUGUAAGAAGGCCAGAAGUAUUGGCCAAAGCAACAGAAGAGCUUGAUCGCGUAGUUGGAAGAGAGAGAUGGGUUGAAGAGAAAGACAUACCAAACUUACCCUACAUUCGCAAUAUAGUAAAAGAAACAAUGAGAUUGCACCCGGUUGCACCUAUGCUCGUACCACGAAUGUCAAGGGAACAAGUUCAAAUUGACGGCUAUGAUAUUCCCGUAGGCUCUGUAGUACUCGUGAAUACUUUCACUAUACAUAGAGACCCUAAAGUGUAUGAAAGUCCAGAGGAGUUUUGUCCCGAAAGGUUUAUUGGAAAGAACAUAGAAGUUAAAGGUCACGAUUUCGAGUUAUUGCCUUUUGGGUCAGGCCGAAGGAUGUGUCCAGGGUAUAGUCUUGGCCUUAAAAUCAUUGAAUCAAGUGUGGCUAAUAUUCUUCAUGGAUUUACAUGGAAAUUACCGGACAGCAUAAAACCCGAAGAUUUGGACAUGGAUGAGAUUUUCGGUCUCUCAAACCCUAAGAAACUUCCUCUCGUUGCUUGUGCUGAGCCUCGACUUCCUCUUCAUAUGUAUUAA